AUGUUGUCCCUGAAUUCGAUCAUUGAAUAUCACCAGACUUCAUUUGAAAUAUUCUUGUCCUUGCGACCGCAUUUGGAGCAGUUCAAGACAUUGAUUGAAGAGGUAUUUAUGAUCAAUGGUGAUGGCGAUUUAGAAAGAAAAGAUGUCAGAGUCGAUCGUGGGCGCAAUGCAAGGCUUGGGUUUGUGCCAGACUAUUUUUCUGCGGGCUCUGGGAUUGAAAAGCAGGGGUAUUUGCUGAAGAAAAUCGGUGGAAAGCCUUUAUCAGCGGCAUGGAGGCGUGUAUAUGCAACGCUCAAAAACAGCCUGUUUUCUUAUUGCUUUCUAGGAAAAGCUCGGGCCGAAAAUGAAGAAGAUUUUCGCAGUUGGAUGGAGACCUUCAUAAAUGCAAAGCGGUAUGCUUUGUUGGGCAAUCCUUGCUCUGUAUCCAUCAAUCCCCAUUCAUCGUCCGAAAGCAUGGUGAUUGAAAAUAACGAAUCCAUACCCGAUUCUUUGCUUUCGCUGCAGGUAAAUUCGAACAAAGCACACGUGAGCGCCGAAGCGGACCACAGCCUUGGUAUUUUGUGCGUUUAUUUACAUUUCAACUUAGAGGAAAACGCGUCCAUAUAUGCGGACAAACACUUGGGGAAUGUAAAUUUCGAGCUGCAUUCCAUAAAGCCCGACAUAAAGGCCAAUGUCGAAAUCACUUCGCUAGAAAAGGAAGAGUAUAGCUACAGCAUCUCUAUAAUCAUCAAGGGCAAAAAUGACGUCGAGGAGACAAUUCCGUUUGAAGAGAUCAUGAAGAAAGUCCACGUGGCCUCAAUCUCUUCUUUAUCUUCUUCGCCUUUGAAAAUUUUUAGCGAGCUCAGCAUGAAUGCCUCUGCGACCGCUGCUGCAAAUGGAAAUCUUCAAGGGGCUUGUGUGUUCGAUAAAUAUAAUUCUUCAGGUGAAAAUAUUGUCGAAACGUGUCCUUGCGAUGCCAGUGACCACUAUGAAAUGACGCUUUUAAACGAUGUUGUCGACAUUCCUGUGCAAUUUUUGUUUAUGGCGCUAUUUUACAAUGCCGGCAUUUCUUCCACAAAGGAAGACCCGAAUGAUUCGGAUGAUGACAAAUAUGGGUGUCCAUCAAAAACAGAGGACCCUUUGAUUUCAGAGUUUCGCAGAAACAUUAUGGCUUCCAGGGGCAUCAUUGGCGAUAUUCAUUUUUGCGAUUCAAUUUCGGAUGACUCCUUCUCGCUGUUUGAUAACUUGAAAGACACGCCUUAUAAUAUUCCAAAUAAUUCGGAAGAAAAGCCAUAUCCAACGCUGAACUUGAAAUACACGAUCCCGAUCACCAACAACUUAGGUAUGGCACUUAUCAGCAUAACGAUGCAUUUAGUGAAGAAAAAGGAAACAGAGUGCUAUGAAAGCAUUCGGAUCUUAUAUUCAAAGGAUUGUUCCGUUCAUGUUGUCGAGGUUAUAGCGCAAACCCCAUCGGUCCCAUUUGGCGAUUGCUUUUACACCUUGGUCAGGUAUUGCAUCACCGCAGCUGGGGUGUCGAAAUGCAACAUCUUUUUKACGUCAACGAUAAUCUUUUGUAAACAGACCUUUAUGAAGCCGAUAUUGAAGACUUUUGUCUCCAAAGCACUGGUGGACUACAAAAACUCUCUUUUGGAUGUGAUUAAGGAUACCAUCGUUCAAGUCUCCAUGCCUCAAACCAGUGUUUCCUCAAAUCGAAAGCAAUUGGACAAAUCAAGCAAACUCAACACCAGGGACUUUACGGACCCUUUUUCACACACAAAGUAUUCGUUUUUGCUUUCCGAAACGCCAGUUUGGAUACUGUAUUUACUUCCCAUCGAUGAAGGUGCAUCUUUUGCCGUCAAACUGCUGUAUUAUAUCAAUCAAGCGCUUUCGCUGUUUUACUCGUUGGAUAAAGGAAUGUUGGCAUUUUUCUUUCUGAUUUCCCUUUGUGUAAAUAUGUAUUUUAUGUUGGGCUUUUCUUCCUCUCUUGAUAUGGAUCUCUUUUUGGAGAGGUAUGUGGAGCAUUCAGAGCCCAUAUACGAGUUGAUGUACAACUCGUCAUUGUCUUCCAUCCCCGAAACAUUGGACUGUAGCCUCAACAAGGCCAAAAACUUUAUUUUCCAAGCGACGCAGGCUGAAGAAGAAGGCGCCUUUCAGAUCGCAACGGACUGGUAG